CCCGGCGGCGGUCAUUUUGGUGACCAUGGGUCGGCCUGCCUGAUCUGGUUCUGCAGCUCUUGGUUCGGCCCGAGGUUUCCAUGGCUUCAGAAGCACUUAUGAGCAAUGCACAGGGCACUGUAACCUUUGAGGAUGUGGCUGUGGACUUGUCUCAGGAGGAGUGGGAGCUUCUUGAUGGGACUCAGAGACUCCUGUACCAUGAUGUGAUGUUGGAGAAUUUUGCACUUGUAACCUCACUGGGUGCUGUGGGUGCCAGGCUUGGCUGAGUGUACUUUCCCAUCCUCUCCCAAGCAACCCUGAAGCCUUUCAGGGAAGGAUAUGGGAGUAGGAAGUCUGCAAUGAAACCAGUGGAUCCCAAAGACUUGGUCACCCUGACAGAGUGACUGUCCAGAUAUAUUGCAACUCUCUGCCCCAGUUCUGCCCCCUUCCAUCCAGCUGGCAUUUCCUCAUGCCUGACUGUGCCAGGAAUUGCAGGCACCAACAUGGUCAUUACUUGUGGGGACCACUGGGCUAUUCCUAUAAGAUACUCCUCCAAGGUUCUUUUUGUAACAUUAGUUUUUUUUCCUGUGGUCAUGGGGUGGGUUGCUCUGCACCAGUGCUGUCUACUCACCUGCCUUGUCUUUCACUUAGGACUUGCGUCUUCCAGGUUCCAUGUAGUUGCCCAACUGGAGUUGCAGGGAGAGAUGUGGGUGCCUGACAGGGCAGGCCUGACUCCAGCCAUAGCAAAAGGGCCCUGGAGGGGCACUGGCCUUGGGAGGUGGGACCUGAGGGAUGGCUCCAUGUCAGGGCUGGGUUCACAUCAUACCAGGAACCUCUCUAGUGCCCAUUGUUGUUUUCAUGCCAAGGUCAGGGGCCAUAAUUUACUUCUAUCUUUUAAUCUCCAUUCUUGACAAUUUACCCCUUUAUCAUUUCUAUUCUGACUUCUGGCCAGGGCUAAUCCAUGCCUGUCUGGCCUUCAGGUCUCCCCUGUUCCUCUCCACUGCUCCCUCAGAAGGGCUCUCCAACAUUGAGCUACACAUAAUGUAUUAGUGAGAUGUAGACAUAUUCUAAGCAGUACAUGAACACCAGCUACUUGGUUGCAGUUGGUUUUCCCUUUUGUUCAGUGCUCAUGUCACUAGCAGACAAGCCCCUGCUGAAAGCCAUUUGCAGAGGAGUGAGUUGGGAGACCCAGCCUCUCCUUCCUGUACUGCAUCCCACCUAUUUCCUUGCGCAUAGUAGACCUCCCCAUUGUAUGAUCUUGCCAGGCUCAGAACUGCACAGCAGACCCUUUCUUACGUCACUUCAGCCCCUUUGUCCUCCCAACAGUCCUAUGUACUAAUUCCUGGGUUUGUAAGAAGUACAUUUGUGAUAGGGCUGCCCCCUCCCACCAGAGGCUGCAUGCUUUCAGAUUGUUGGUUUUGAAUGAAGGAUGAGGAGGCACUUUCUCAAGGCAUGUUACAACUCAGGACUCCCAAGGCAGGUCCAACCACCCAGAAGGCCUACCCUUGUGGGAUGUGUGGCCCAGUCUUGAAAGACAUUUUGUACCUGGCUGAGCAGCAGGGAAUAUACCCCAGGCAGAAACUGCACAUGUGUGCAGCAUGUGUGAAACAACUCUGGUUCAGUGUAAGCAUUCACCAGCAACAGAAGCAGCACAGUGGAGAGAAACACCUCAGAAGGGUUGAGGACUGGCUUUUGCUUGUUAAGAAUUGCAGAGUCCACAUGUCAGAGAAUCCCUUUAUGUGUGGGGAUGGUAGGAAGGACCUCCUGCCCAGCUUGGGCCUUCUCCAGCAUCAGACCACUCACAGCAAGAGGAAUUCACCUAGAAGCACUGAAUGCAGGGAUACUUUUCACAAUGGAGAAGGGCAUUAUAGGUCAAUGUGGGAAAGCCUGUAGCCACAAAAAUAGGCUCGUUGAACACCAAAGAGUUAACACUGGAGAAAGACCUUAUCAGUGCAUUGAAUGUGGAAAAUUUUUUAGGCACUACUCUAGACUUACGGUACACCAGAGAGUUCACAUGGGUGUAAGGCCUUAUGGACGCAGUGAAUGUGGGAAAGCCUACAGCAGAGGUUCCCACCUUGUUUGGCAUAAAAAACUUAACACUGGAGAAAGGCCUUAUGAAUGCAGGAAAUGUGGGAAAGCCUAUAGCAGCAAACACACACUUAUUCAACACAGAGUCUACACUGGAGAAAGGCCUUAUGAGUGCAGCAAAUAUGGGAAACUGUUUAGCCAUAACUCCAGCCUUAUUGUACACCAGAGAGUUCACAGUGGAGCAAGGCCUUAUGAAUGCAGCAAAUGUGGGAAAGCCUUCAGCUAUACACACAGACUUGUUCAACAUCAGAGAAUUCACACUGGAGAAAGAUCUCAUGAGUGUAGUGAAUGUGGUAAAGCCUUUAGCCAGGAAUACAGACUUGUCCAGCACCAGAAAAUCCACACUAGAGAAAGACCUUAUGCAUGCAGUGAAUGUGGGAAGUGCUUUAGGCGAAGCUCUGGCUUUAUUGAACAUCAGAGAAUUCACACUGGGGCAAGACCUUAUAAGUGUAGUGAAUGUGGAAAAUACUUUAGCCACAAAAUCACACUUGUUUGGCACCAAAGAGUCCACACUGGAGAAAGGCCUUGUAAGUGCACUGAAUGUGGGAAAUUCUUUAGCCAAAGUUCUGGCCUUAUUGUACAUCAGAGAGUUCACACUGGUGAAAAGCCAUAUGAGUGCAUAAAUGGGAAUUGUUGUAACCAAACAUCCAGCCUCAUUUUACACCAGAGAGUUCACACUGGCGAAAAGCCUUAUGAGUGCAACGAAUGUGGGAAACCCUUCUGCCUUAAACCCUCACUUGUUCAAUACCAGAGACUACACACUGGAGAAUGGCCUUAUGAGUGCAGUGAAUGUGGGACAUUCUUUAGCCACAAGUUCAGCCUCAUUAAACAUCAGAGAAGUCACAUUGUAGAAAAGCCUUAAGGUAAUGACCUUUCCUCAUUUGUUACCAGAAAGUUCAAACUGGAGAAAGGCCUCUGCAGUGCAGGGUGUUUGCUCUCUGCUUGGUCAACGGGAAUGACACCAGGGAGAGGUUCUGAGAGUAGUCUUUAUAAAGUAGCCAUCAACCAAAAGUUGUAUCUCAUACAUCUGAACAUCCAUAGUGGGGAGAUUUCCUAUGAGUGCCGGUUAUGUGGGAAGCUCUCAGGACCUGUAUUGCAGUUUGGCCUGCUCAAGGCCCUUGCCUGAGUUAAAUCACUGCCAGUACCUGCGGCAGAAGCCAUCUCGCGUCUGCCUGCUGGCUAAUGUGCAUCAGGUUACCCAGUGUGCCCAGGGAAGGCAAACCUCUGUACUCCCCCCUUCCCUGGAGGAAAUCAUGAGUGGUCUAAGGUCAUUGGAGGCAUAAUUACAUUCACACACUGGGUGUGAUUAGAGUUGUGGGGAGUGAGCUAAAGAGGAUGUACCCCAUCUGAAGUGCUUCCAGAAAUAUUCUGCUCACUAAAGCUGUGAGGGAUGAGCAUGUAUAGAUAUUCUCAGGACUUAGAGAUUUACAUUUCUUCUAUGGACAAGGUCACUGGCAGAGCAAAUAAAGCUUUCUGGAUUCCUGGGGCUACUUGGGCUGUUUACCUCAAAGCCACUGUUAGACAGGCAAGAAAAUGGAGACUGAGAGAAGAGAGAUACUGUAGUCCAAGAAUGUGACUUUUGUGACUCACAGUCUUUAUUGCUUGCUAGUCUUUCCUUCCAUUGAAGUAGAGGUGUCCCACCAGAAGGUUGAGAAUAGUUAUGGUCAAGUCAAUAUGUUUGUCAAAUAUUCCAGUUUUUCAAGAGAAGCAGGA